AUGAAAAAUGAAAAUGAAGAUGCAAAGAUGCAAAUAAACGUAAAACUAAAGCCAAACAUGAAAAAUUGUGAAUCCAAUUUAAAUGCAAAAAGAGGUAAAGCCAACAAACGCAAAGAGAGGAAAGCUAACGAAUACAAAGAGAAGAAAGCCAGUGAAAGCAAAGAGAGGAAAGCCAGUGAAAGCAAGGAGAGGAACUAG